AUGUUUUACAUCAUUUAUUAAGUUUUUUCUGUGCUUGCUAAUCAUAAGUAUGAAUACGGGUUUGUCAAUCAUUUCAGCUACUCAUCAAAUCCUAAUUUGAAUUUAUAUUUGAGUUUAGACCCUUUUCGACAGCAUGAAUAUUAUAUUUCCUUUUCUAAGUAAUUCACUUAAGUACCAGAUGUGUACUUAAAUAUUGCUAAAUUGGAUUUAGAAUAUACAUUUCCUUAAGGGUAUUCACUAGAUAUCUUUAAUAUCAGCACUCUUGGAUUCACAAUCCGAAUAGUUUGCGAGAGUCCAUCCCGAUUUUAUAGAGUUGAAUUUAACUGGUUUGCAUUCAAUGAAGAAAACAUUUAAGUCAUAAGCAAUUUGAAUAUAACAAAUCCAAAAUCUUCGUACAUUCAUUCCUACAACAAAAAUAACAAAAUCAAUAUUGCAAAAUCUAACUUUGUUAGUUAUUAUGCUAGCGAUUCUUAAUUUAAUAAUCUAACAGGAUUGACAUUGACCCAGGAUACUGUAACUAUAAGCUUUUAAUUAUCAAACAUUAAGCAAAUUGGAUAUCAAAUAUUAUUGAGUAGCUCUGAUAUUUUUUUUGUUGGCCCUGUUAUAACAAGCUUAUAAUCUGAUGGAUCAAGUUAAGUCAUCAAUUUUCCAACAAGAUGGGGCUAUUAACAUUGUUAUUUCAAUCUCUUAGGAUUUAAACAUGAUGAAACUGAUAAAAAUAUCAGAUUAUACACUUAAGUCACAUAUCAGUCUCAAAUUACUGUUGGAAUUGUAGGGGGUGAUUCUAUUAUAUAAUCAAUUUAAAAUAAUCAUUUUUGUAUCAAUGAUCCUUAUUUUGAAAUAGCCAUAUUCAAAGGAGUGAGUUAAUCUCGAUUUUUUCAUUAGGAAAAUUAAAUAGAUUCCCUCAUUGAAAUUAAAGAAAUAAACUACUCUUAAAAUCAAAAUUUAAUAGAAUAAAUUACAAUAGCAAAGGAAAUUGAAUCGAUUAAGAUCAUAUUUUAUUGGAAAUGUAUGAAUAAAGAAUUUUUAAAGCUAACAAUAUUUAGUUUAGAAGAAUGGUGUUCUUAGUCCACUAUCAUCAAAUGUGAUAUUGUUAAAAUUAAAACUGUAAGAAUAUAAGCAAAGUUUUUAUUAAAAUAAAUUUCAGAGCAAUAUCUCAAUAUAGCUAAAACUUCUGGAUCACUCACUGCUUCAUAAGUGUUGAAGUGGGAAAAUCCUUUUGAAUAAGUUUUAGUUAAACUAGAAAUAUUAUGA